AUGGCAGAGGGCAACGGCAAUAAUAAUGCGAAGCUAGAAUUCCAGUUAGGUAAAGAUGAUUGGGAAACAUACGCGGAGAGAUUAGAAUUGUAUUUUGUAGCGAAUGAUGUGAAAACAGAAAAGCGGGCCGCAGUUUUAUUGACAAAAAUAAGUGCUGAUACAUAUAAACUCGUACGGGAUUUAUGCGCGCCAGAUAAGCCAAGUACAAAGACCUUCGAAGAGUUAGUCAAACUGAUUGGUAAUCAUCUAAAUCCAAAGCCGUCUGAAACGAUGGAAAGAUACACAUUUUAUCAAGCGCAACAAGCAAUGACAGAAUCGGUGGCAGAUUUUGCGGCAAGGUUGAAGAGGUUGUCAAUAAAUUGCAAAGGAGAGGAAAAAUUAACAUACGACUUGGCAUACAAGAUAGCCACGGCAUUAGAAGCGGCAGAGAGAAACGCAGUAACAACGGAUAAAACAACUGAGGAGCCAUCGAAAUCGACAGUAAACAUGAUCCAGUCGAAUACAAAGACAGAGAGACGACCAUUCUAUCCAAGUGCGAGAGGAAGAGGUGCCAUACGUGGAAGUAGACAAGGACAGCGAUACAAGAGUACAGCACUAGUUAACAAAAGAAAGGAAGGUCCAAACGACGAGCCAAACAAGGGGAAACUGAACGCUCAGCAUUUAAGACAAGGUUCGUGUUAUUGUUGCGGUAAGACCAAUCACUGGGCACGAGAUUGCUUCCACCGCCAUAGAACGUGCAAUACUUGCAAGAGGAGAGGGCAUCUAGCAACAGUUUGCAGAUCGCGGCUACAGCACCUAAAGCAAGAGGACGAGGCGGAAGGGCACCAACGAAGGGAGAGCACGUCCGAUGACUUCUUCAUGGUCCGAGGAGACAACAAGAGGGAGGAAUGGGAAUCAAUUGUCGGUAAUAUAGGUAGUAUAAGCAAUGAAUUAAAAGCAGAUCCUAUGUAUGUAAAUGUAAUAAUUAAUGAUAUCAAGGUAAAAAUGGAAGUUGACACAGGAUCGUACGCGGCGAUCAUUUCAAAGUACGAUAAAGACAGAAUGUUUCCAUCGCUAGGAGUGAAGGCCACGUAUAGGCCAUUGAAAGCAUAUGGUAAGGUUCCGCUUGAGCAGGUGGGAGAGUUACAGAAUUUAAACGUAAAGGUUGGAGAUAAGAAAGCUUUAUUAAGAAUGAUAGUAAUGAAAGAAAGGGGUCCAAUUCUGAUUGGUAGAGAGUGGCUUAAAGUGUUCGGAAUGUGGCCAUUAAAGUUUAAUUGUAACGAAAGAGGGAUUGGCUGUAAUAAAAUAGAAUUAAUAGAUAUGACAAAAGAUUUUGUGCUCAAAUUUCCAAAGUUGUUCGGAAAAGGACCGGGAUUAUACAAUAAAGGGAUGCUUAAGCUAACGCUAAAAGAAAAUGCCCAACCAGUAGCGCUCAAGGCGAGACAUUUACCAUUUGCGCUAACGAAUAAGGUCGAAGAUGAAAUUAAUAGAUUAGUAAAGCUGCAACAUCUCGAGAAAGUAGACGUUAGUGAGUGGGCUACACCAAUAGUACCGGUAAUUAAAUCAGACGGGUCCGUGAGAAUUUGUGGUAAUUUUAAAUUGACGUUAAAUCCGCAACUAGUAAAAGACAGGCAUCCUAUUCCACUGAUUGAUGAGAUUUUUUUGGCAUUGAGGAAUGGGAAAAAAUUUUCGCAAAUCGAUUUAGAGCAUGCGUAUAUGCAGAUUCCGGUAGAGGAAAGUAGUAGAGAUUAUUUAACGAUAAUAACGCACAAGGGUUUAUAUCGGUAUACAAAAAUGACAGAAGGAGUGGCGUCGGGCCCGGGGGAUUUUCAAAGGAAAAUUGAGCAAUGUUUGGCAGGAAUUGACGGAGUAAUUCCUUACCUAGACAACAUAUUUUGCACCGGAAGAGACGAUAAAGAGCACCUACAAACACUUUACAAGGUGUUUACGCGACUCGAAGACAGCGGAUUUAAAGUAAAUCUAAAUAAAUGUGAAGUGUUUAAAGAAAGAUUAGAUAUUCUGGGAUUUGUCAUUGAUAAAAACGGGUUACAUAAGUCGGAAACGAAAGUAAAAGCAAUGAUCGAGGCACCGACACCCGUGAAUAAAAAACAAUUAGAUUCAUUUCUGGGGUUAAUUACCUAUUAUGCGAGAUUUUUGCCAAACAGAGCGGAAAAGUUAAAACCACUUUAUGAAUGUGCGAAGAAUGGCGAGUAUAAAUGGACGAAAGAAUGCGAACAAGCGUUUAAAGAGGUCAAAUCGGAAAUAGUAUCACCGCGAGUAUUAGCGCAUUUUGAUCCGAAAGAAGAUAUUAUUUUGUCAUGCGAUGCGUCGGCAUACGGGUUAGGAGCGAUACUUUCCCAUAGAUAUAGAGACGGUACCGAAAGACCGAUAGCAUUUGCAUCAAAGAUUAUUCCCGAGAAGGAGAGGAGUCGCGCUAUCAUUGAUAAGGAGGCAAAUGCAAUAGUGUAUGGAUUUAAAAAAUUUUAUAAUUACAUUUACGGUAAAGAAAUAACAUUAAGGACGGAUCAUAAACCGCUGGUUUUUAUAUUUGGUCCAAAGCAAGAGAUCCCAUUAACGACGGCAAGUCGAUUGCAAAGAUGGGCAUAUUUUUUAUCAAGGUUUUCUUACAAAAUGGAAUAUGUUAAAUCAGAGAAAAACGGUAAUUGUGACGCACUGUCACGCCUUCCAAUCAAUGACACGAUUCCAGUAUUUGGCAACGAAUUUACAACAAUAAAUUAUGUAGAGGAAACAUUAGAUACAGUAAACGCGGCAGAAAUUGUAAAAGAAACGAAGCGUGAUCAGGUACUCAGUAAAAUAGUACGGUAUGUAAACGGGUCAUGGCCCAGCAUGAACGAUAUGAAUGAAAUAGAAAAGAAGUACUACACGAAGCGAGACGAAUAUAGUGUUGAAAAAGGAUGUUUAUUGUGGGGAUAUAGAAUUGUGGUGCCAGUGUCAGUGCGGGAAAAAGUGUUACGUGAACUUCAUGCAUCACACUUUGGCAUAGUGAAAAUGAAGAUGGUGGCGAGAUCGUAUGUGUGGUGGCCGAACAUAGACAGUGAUAUCGAAAAGAUCGCGGCUUCAUGUAAGGUAUGUGUGCAAGAGCGAAAGAAACCGGCGAGCGUGCCGUUGACGCCAUGGCCGUACCCCGAUAAAUGUUGGAGUAGAAUACACUCAGAUUUCUUAGGUCCGUUUCAUGGACGUAUGUUUAUGUUAGUUAUAGAUGCUUAUUCUAAAUGGCCGGAAAUUAUUGAUAUGGGUAAAAGUACCACGGCACCGCGAGUAAUAGAGGUAUUCAAGAAAAUUUUAGUUCGCUUCGGCUUACCAAGACAUUUAGUUACAGACAACGGCACCCAAUAUAAAAGUGAAGAAUUUCAAAAGUUCUGUCGAGACAACGGUAUUAAACAGAGUUUCACACCUCCACAUCAUCCGGCGACGAACGGUGCAGCGGAAAAUUUCGUUGAGACAUUUAAAGACAAGGUCGAUAAGAUUGUUCGAAGUGGUAAGCCACUUGAGUAUGCUAUCAAUCUUUUUCUAUUUGAUUACCGGUCCACGGAACAUUGUACUACAGGUAGAACGCCCGCGUUCAUGAUGUACAAACGGGAGUUAAGAACGCGAUUUGACUUACUAAGACCUAGCGUAAGAGAUGAUGUAGCUGAUAAACAACUUGCGCAAGUAACACGUAAGAAAGGCAGCCGUAAGGUACAUUUCAAAAAGGGUGACACAGUAAUGGUAGACGACUUCUCUGUGCGUAAUACAAAGCGUGCGGAGGGGACUAUAGUAAAGCAAUUGUCACCGGUAACGUUUGAGGUAAAAACAUCAACGGGUAAAAUCUGGAAGCGUCAUGUAGACCAAAUUAUUAGAGUUAAUGAAAAUAAUGACACGUCCGAGACUAUACCGGAGAAUAUGAGUACUGCGAAAGAGUCACAGGAAACAGUGAGUAUUGUUACGUGCCCUUUCCCAAAGACAUCACAGAAGCUAACCUCGCCAUGGGCGUACCCAAGGCCAUGGGAGGCAGCAUCGGUCUUAGAUUGGUCAAAAAUUGCCAAUGUACUGGCCAAUCAGUUUGGAGGCGAAGUUGAUCGGUGGGAGGUGGCAUGUAAUAAAGUCAUAGAACGCCUCGAUGUGGAGGGUCAUGCAGAUUUGAAUGAAUUUAAUAAUUAA